AUGGCGGCGGCGGACCCGGACACGGAGGUGCAGGCGGAGUUCCCGCCGCUGGUCCGCCAGUACAAGAGCGGCCGCGUCGAGCGGUUCUUUAACCCGGCCCCGCUCCCGGCCGGCACCGACCCGGCCAUGGGCGUCGUGUCCAAGGACGUCGUCGUCGACCCGGCCACGGGCCUCUGGGCGCGCCUCUUCCUCCCGCCCGGCAGCCACGGCAAGAAGCAGCAGCUCCCCGUCGUCGUCUACUACCACGGCGGUGCCUACGUGAUCGGCUCGGCGGCCGACCCGUGGACGCACACCUACCUCAACGCGCUCGUCGCCAAGGCCGGCGUCCUCGCGGUCGCGCUCGAGUACCGCCUCGCGCCGGAGCACCCGCUCCCGGCCUCCUACGAGGACUCGUGGGAGGGGCUCAAGUGGGUGGCCACCCACGCCGCCGCCGCCGCCGCCGCCGCCGCCGCGGUCGGCGGAGGACCGGUGGAGCCGUGGCUGACCGAGCACGGCGAUUUCUCCCGCGUGUUCCUGGCCGGGGCCAGCGCGGGGGGCACCAUCGCGCACUACGUCGCUGUCCGUGCCGGCGAGCAGCAGGGCCAGGGCGACAUCCUCGGGAUGCGCGUCAUUGGGCUGCUGAUAGUGCACCCCUACUUCAGCGGCGCGGCGGACAUCGGCGACGAGGGGACGACGGGGAAGCAGCGCAAGGCGCAAGCCGACGCGUUCUGGCGGUUCCUGUACCCCGGCUCCCCGGGGCUCGACGACCCGCUCUCCAACCCGUUCUCGGAGGCCGCCGGCGGGAGCGCGGCGCGCGUCGCCGCCGAGCGCGUGCUCGUCUGCGUGGCCGAGAAGGAUAACCUCAGAGACAGGGGCGUCUGGUACUACGAGAGCCUCAAGGCCAGCGGCUACCCCGGCGAGGUGGAGUUGCUCGAGUCCAAGGGCGAGGGCCACAUCUUCUACUGCAUGAACCCGCUCUGCGACAGGGCGCGGGAGAUGGAGGAGCGCGUCCUGAGCUUCCUACGCAAGUGA